UGAAGGUCGACCUUACUUCGAAUCCUGUACUAUUAGUAAUGUCGUAUUAAUAUACUUUCCGUUUCAGUUUUCAGGUUGUCCAGAAAAAACCUGUUCACCGCCCAGUAUGGAAGAUGUUAUGAAACUUGUUACUAUUGCGGACAUUUUUUUCUUACUAAGUUACAGUUGAUUAUUCAUUAUUUUGUUGUUCAUUUUGUAAAGAAAGUGUCAAAAAUUUAUAAGCGAAAAUUUAAACAACAUAAAAAUUGUCGUAGUAUAUUCAAAGAUCCAUCUUCAGCAUAUAUAAUCUCUCAUUCCAAUGAAAAAAAGUGUGAAAUUACAACCAAAAGAAAAUUAAGUAAUCAUUUGAAAAUACACACUGGAAUAAACUUUUUUAAAUGUGGAACAUGUUUGAAACAGUUUGACAAUAGUUGUAAUUUGAAAAGGCACUUAAAAAUUAACUCUGAAGAAAGAACUUUCAAGUGUGAAAUAUGUUCUAAACAGUUUGUUGAAAAGGGAAGCUUGAAAAGGCACUUAAAAUAUCACAUUGGAGAAAAACUGUAUAAAUGUGAAAUAUGUUCGAAAGAGUUUGUUGAAAAAGCAAACUUGAAAAGCCACUUACAUAUUCACACUGGAGUAAAACCGUUCAAGUGCGAAACAUGUUCAAAAGGGUUUGUCCAGAAAGGCGAUUUAAAAAAGCAUUUAAAAACUCACACUGGAGAAAAACUGUUUAAGUGCGCCAUAUGUUGGAAACAUUUUUCCCAAAAAGGUAAUUUAAAUAUCCACUUAAAAAAUCAUACCGGAGAAAAACCGCAUAAGUGUGAAAUAUGUUCAAAAGAGUUUGUCCAGAAAGGCAAUUUAAAAAGACAUUUAAAAACUCACACUGGAGAAAAACUGUUUAAGUAUGAAAUAUGUUCUAAACGGUUUAGCGAGAAAGCCCAUUUUAAGAGUCACUUAAAAAUUCACGCUGGAAAAAAACCUUUUAUGUGUGAAAUAUGUUCGAAACAGUUUAUAGAAAAAGGCGCUUUAAACAAGCACUUAAAAAUUCACAUUGGAGAAAAACCGUAUAAGUGUGCAAUAUGUUCGAAACGGUUUGUUGAAAAAGAAAGCUUGAAAAGGCACUUAAAAUAUCACAUUGGAGAAAAAUCGUAUAAGUGUGAAAUAUGUUCGAAACAGUUUGUUGAAAACGGAAACUUGAAAAAGCACUUACAAAUUCACACUAGAAUAAAAGCGUUCAAGUGCGAAACAUGUUCGAAACAGUUUAUAGAAAAAGGCGCUUUAAACAGUCACUUAAAAAUUCACAUUGGAGAAAAACCGUAUAAGUGUGAAAUAUGUUCGAAACGGUUUGUUGGAAAAGAAAGCUUGAAAAGGCACUUAAAAUAUCACAUUGGAGAAAAACCGUAUAAGUGUGAAAUAUGUUCGAAACAGUUUGUUGAAAACGGAAACUUGAAAAACCACUUAAAAAUUCACACUAGAAUAAAACCGUUCAAGUGCGAAACAUGUUCGAAACGGUUUACAGUUAAAUUCGGUUUAAACAGGCACUUAAAAAUUCACAUUGGAGAAAAACCGUAUAAGUGUGAAAUAUGUUCGAAGCGGUUUGUUGAAAAAGAAAGCUUGAAAAGGCACUUAAAAAUUCAUAUUGGAGAAAAACCGUAUAAGUGUGAAAUAUGUUCAAAACAGUUUUUUGAAAACGGAAACUUGAAAAAGCACUUACAAAUUCACACUAAAAUAAAACCGUUCAAGUGCGAAACAUGUUCGAAACGGUUUACAGUUAAAAAUGGUUUAAACAGGCACUUAAGAAUUCACAUUGGAGAAAAACCGUAUAAGUGUGAAAUAUGUUCGAAACGGUUUGUUGAAAAAGAAAGCUUGAAAAGGCACUUAAAAUAUCACAUUGGAGAAAAACCGUAUAAGUGUGAAAUAUGUUCGAAACAGUUUGUUGAAAACGGAAACUUGAAAAACCACUUAAAAAUUCACACUAGAAUAAAACCGUUCAAGUGCGAAACAUGUUCGAAACGGUUUACAGUUAAAAUCGGUUUAAACAGGCACUUAAAAAUUCACAUUGGAGAAAAACCGUAUAAGUGUGAAAUAUGUUCGAAACGGUUUGUUGAAAAAGAAAACUUGAAAAGGCACUUAAAAUAUCACAUUGGAGAAAAACCGUAUAAGUGUGAAAUAUGUUCGAAACAUUUUGUUGAAAACGGAAACUUAAAAAAGCACUUAAAAAUUCACACUAGAAUAAAACCGUUCAAGUGCGAAACGGUUUACAGUUAAAAUCGGUUUAAACAGGCACUUAAACAUUCACACUUGACAAAAACCGUUGAGUGUGAAAUGUUUUCGAAACAUUUUAGUCUUAAUAGGUCUUUGGAAAGGUAGGGGAGACCGGGUUGGUACACUUUUUAGAAAAAAAAAAUAUUUUUGAUAUUUUUUGUAGUUUAUUUUUUAUAAGCAAG